AUGUCAAAACUGAUGCUUACUCGAACCGGAACUACAGUGUUAAAAAACCGUCGGCGGUACAGCAGGAACAGGUGUCCACGACGCCAGUCGGCACCCACGGUGCUUCAGAGAGCACCAGGCGCAAGAAAUAGUUCAUCGCCAGGACCUUCUCCACCAGGACUAUUCCACAUUCCCGAAUGUGCCCGGGUCACCGCCGAGUUGUGGCGAGCAAGAUCGGAUCCAAUGCAGUGCCGAUGUGACUCACUCAAAGCCAACGCCGAUUACUUACGAGCCACUUCAGACAUGCUCCGUUUAAAGUCGGAUGCGCUUCGGUCAAAGUCGGAACAGAUUUGCAGCAUUAGUGGGAAAGACUCGUCACACCACGCAGCUAUGUUGCUGCAUUCAGAAGAGCUUAGAUCUAAAGCAGAACAACUCCGUCGUGAAUCUGACGCCAUCAAAGCCAGAAUGGAACUGAUAAGGACAGAAUCUGAAACCGCCUUCGUAUUCCCGGAUUUCUCGUCAAAGAAUAACUGUGUGGCCACAAGUCCAGUAGUGUCAUCCAGCAGCUUGCUGGUUCCAGGAACUGCUUCUAACGCGGAACCAAUGGAUGUCAAAGUGCUCGUGA